GCACGCGCGUGGCCUCCGCCCUAGUUUUGCUAUUGGGGGCAGGGAUUGAGAUUGCGAAACGGAUUCCCAACGUGAGCAUGCGCGAAGUUUGUAAAUUGGCAGACUCUCACCACAAUAGUGAUCUCUCUGCACAUGCGCAGUAAAGAACACCUCCUUUUGUCCUCAUCGGCACAGCUUGUGGCGCAGUUUUUAUAAUGUGUAUGGCUGUGCGGCUGUGCGAAGGUCAGCCGCACAACUUAAAAAAAACAACCACACACACACGAGCUUAUUAAAAUAUAUUUCGAUGGUUCACUUAUACUUGUUUUUCGUGUAAUUAAUUGCAUGAUGUUUAUAAUGCGUAACAAGAACCUAUAACCUGAGAAAUAUUAUUUUAAUAUGUAAACGGAGAAGUAUAAGCCUUUCUUUCAAGGUGACCUUAAGCUCUGAUAAGUAUGGCGCAUGCGUAAAGUAAUUCGUAUUUUGAGAUAAGAUGGCGGCGUCCUGUUCCAUGCUGGUGAGUCGUUCGGUGGUGCGUAAGAUCUAUAGGAGGCCUUUCUGGGUCCAGAAUGCACCCAGUGCUUUCCUGUUGCAGCAUGUGCAAUUGCCCUUUCGUAUUUUUAGCCAAGCUGGAUCCACAAAGCCAGAUGCUUUUACAUCUCCAUUUAAAGAGAAGCCGUGGGAGUACUUGGAGAGUGAAGAAUACAUAGAAAGAUAUGCCAACAACCCAGUCUGGUUUGGCUACAGGCGCAAUCACAAGGGUCAGAUUCCACCACAAAAGACUCGGAAGACUUGUAUUAGAAAAAAGCAUGUGUGUGGGAAUCCCUGCCCCAUUUGUAGAGACCAAAACCUCUUUCUGGAUCACAGGAAUGUAAAGCUGCUGGAACAGUUCAUCUGCCCCCACACUGGCAUUAUCUACCACCCAACACACACAGGUGUCUGUAUAAAGAAGUACAAGCAACUGAUGCAAGCCAUUCAGAAGGCUCAAGAAAACGGCCUCCUAUUCUUCCACAUCCCCUUCACUAAUUUCCAGGCUGAAGAUUGCAAGAACCAGCAUGCAGCUGUCACCAAAACUCCUCUGUCUCCAGCUCUGCAGAGCAAGACAGCCUGGUACGACUGGUAUGACUGGCAGCAGCCCCCCGAAAAGGAAAUUAAACGAAUCAGGAGGAUUUACAAGGACUACCUGAAGGAGGAAAGCAGCCCUUCUUGAGUCUGGCAGGUGCCAGUGGACAGAAACAAACAUUCUCUGCUGAUUGUGGUAUUGAUCUUUGAAGAUCCUCUAUAGGGCAGCUCUGCCGUGACCAUGACUGCCACCUUUUUUCUAAUCCCACCUGUGUUUCUAGUGUCAAUAAAAUCAAAGGCCCUGUCA